GGGACGGAGAGGAAAGUGGAGCUAACGCUAGCCCUCCGUAACACGCCGCCUGACUUGUGUUAUUCGUUAUCCGACAGAAAACGAAAAACUUUUUCCCCGAUGAGGAAAGAAGAAAAUGGAAGUUGACUCAGUGUUCUACACUGAUUGCAGUGGACCAACCACCAAUAACCCACUACUAGAUCAGCUACCCAGCUACCAGUCUCUGCUAUACCGCAGGAAGCUUUCAUCUAACACCAAUAAGCGGAGAGGCAGCUCCAGGAACCGGCUUGGCUCCUCCAACAGUGGGAAAUGGGGCCUGAGUACAGUCAACAGACAUGAGGAGAAGCAGAGGAAUCAGACGCAACAGAGAUCUGUCAGAGAACUGCCCAAAACCAUUGAUGAGAAACGCAGAGACAAGGAACAGCGUCUGGAGAAAGCUCGAGAGCUUAGCAGUUGGAGACAGUGGAGACAGAGCACUUACAGGAACCUGAGGCGGUUGAGAGAGGAGGCCCGAGAACGGCUGAGCUCCCUAGAGCUCUGGAGGGGCGACAUCCACCUCAUAGAGGGGAUGUUUGGUACAGGGAUCCUUUCUUACUUCUCUUUCCUGCGCUUCCUGGUUAUGCUCAACUUGGUCAUCUUCCUGCUUAUGUUCAGCUUCGUAAUGUUGCCCAUCAUUGUCGCCCCCCAUACUUCAGGGAAUACCACCUACAACCAGGCUGAUGGAAGUGGGUGCAGUUCUCGUCGAGGCCUGGUCAUCUUUCAUGAGCACAUCACUGACCUGCUCUCAGGCGGGGGCUUUCUUGAGCAGACCUAUCUUUUCUAUGGUUACUACAAUGUGGAUGCCAUCCACUUUCCAAUGUUCACUUACAACCUGCCUCUAGCCUACCUGCUAGUCACCAUAGCCUACCUCUUCCUCAGUCUUAUAUGGAUUGUUAAAAGAUUGGCCACAGGCUUUAAGCGUUACCUGGUCCAGGAUGAGGAUCGCUUUCAGAGCUUCUGCAACAAGAUUUUUGCUGGGUGGGAUUUUUGCAUCACCAAUGAGAAUGCAGCAAGGCUGAAGAGGAGCAGCCUUCUCUAUGAGCUUAAGACGGACCUGGAGGAGGGAAGGAUCAAACAGAAAAUAGCAGAUCGCACUCGCAAAGAGAGGUGUAGGAUCUAUGUCAUCCGCCUCUUCCUCAACCUUUUUGUUAUAGCCGUGCUUGCUGCUUGCUUCUACAGCAUAUAUAGAGCCACCAUCUUUUCACAGAAUGCCCAGAUGAAAAAGGAGAACUUCACAGUGGACCUAAUCUAUGAGUAUCUGCCCUCAAUAGUAAUCACUUUGGCCAACUUCAUCACCCCUCUCCUCUUCUCGCUCAUCAUCAACUAUGAGGACUACUCCCCUGCAUUUGAAAUCCGCUUCACUCUCAUGAGGUGUGUGUUUAUGCGGUUGACAAGUAUUGGGGUUCUGCUCUUCUCUCUCUGGUCUCAGAUCACCAGGUGUAUGGAGGAGUCCUGCAAAUGUAAUGAAAACCAUCAGCUGUACACUUGUUGGGAGACUCGUGUGGGUCAGGAGAUGUACAAACUCACUAUCUUCGACUUCAUCAUCAUUGCUGCAGUCACCAUCUUUGUGGAGUUUCCUAGGAAGCUGAUGGUGAACUAUUGUAACUGUGGCCUUGUUAAGUGGUGGGGUCAGCAGGAGUUUGCUAUCCCUCAGAACGUGCUGGGGAUUGUCUAUGGCCAGACCAUCUGCUGGAUUGGCACAUUCUACUGCCCCUUGCUACCUGCCAUCUGCACCAUCAAGUACUUUUUUAUCUUCUACAUAAAAAAGGUUUCGCUGGUUAACAACUGCCGUCCAGCCACACGUCCAUUCCGAGCGUCCAGCUCCAACUUCUUCUUUUUGGCUGUGCUGCUGAUAGGCCUCGCUCUUGCCUGUCUGCCUGUCUCUGUUAGCAUAGCACAGAUAAACUCCUCCCAGACUUGUGGACCCUUUGUUAAUUACACCACCUCCUGGGAGGCGCUACCAAGAACUAUAUCCAAACAACCACCUGGGGUCCGUACCUUCUUUUCUGCCCUCUCUUCAGAAGCCUUUGCGGUCUCCUUCUUUGUCAUCACAUGUUUGGCCAUGUUUUAUGUAAUCGCACUAGCAGGAGCUCACAAGAAAGUCAUUAACCAACUGAGGGAGCAGCUAGCCAUGGAGGGACGAGACAAGCGCUUUCUGAUCCAGAAGCUGUGUCAGGCCCAGAGGCUAUCGUCCAUCAGGUCUCCUAGGUCCCAGACCCAAAGUCCGCCACACACCAGCAGAGGCAGCCCCAGCUACCACACUAGCUUCUCCAACAACUACAUGGAAAGGGUGUUCCUAGCCCACCCACCACCAGACUCCUCCACACAUGUGGUACCGAACGGAACCGGAGGCAGCGUGUGCUUAGUUCAUCGUGAGGUUUUGGCAGCCGGAGUGCUUGGAAACACGGUCCGGGAAAAGGGAACGAUCUGGGUGCUUUUUGGUAUCAUCUGGUGCCAGUUAGCGGCCGUGUUUGCCGAUGACAUCGUGGUGGCAUGUGGAGGAUUUGUAAAAUCUGACGUUGAAAUCAACUACUCUCUGAUCGAGAUUAAGAUGUACACCAAACAAGGCUCCUUGAAAUAUCAAACGGACUGUGCUCCGAUCAAUGGUUACUUCAUGAUCCCUCUGUAUGACAAGGGAGAUUUUGUCUUGAAGAUUGAACCUCCACUUGGGUGGAGCUUUGAGCCUACAAGUGUUGACCUCCAUGUUGAUGGGGUCAAUGACAUCUGCACAAAGGAAGAAGACAUCAACUUUGUGUUCACUGGCUUUUCAGUCUCUGGAAUGGUUCUGAGUAAGGGCCAUCCCCUGGGCCCUGCAGGAGUAGAGGUGAAACUCAGCCAAGCAGGAACAAGAGAGAAACUCCAAACUGUCGUAACUCAGCCUGGGGGAAAGUAUACCUUCUUUAAAGUACUCCCUGGCAGUUAUGAAAUAAUAGCCUCCCACCCCACCUGGACACUGCAGCAGAGCGUUUCAUCAGUGCAUGUGUCCAAUGCCAAUGCCGCAGCCACUGAACACCUAGUCGUGGGAGGCUAUGAUGUCUAUGGGGAGGUCCGUAGCGAUGGCGAGCCCAUGAAAGAGGUCACUUUCCUCCUCUAUUCUGCUACAGUCAAGAAAGAGGCUGUCAGUGGCUGUAACACAGCCCCAGUAGAGGGGGCAGAGUCUGGGGAUAGUUCCCUGGUUUAUCUGUGUAGCGCCUUGUCCAAAGAGGAUGGCACAUUCUUCUUUCCCUCUCUGGCUAGUGGAGACUACACUGUGGUGCCUUUCUACAGGGGAGAAAGGAUCACUUUUGAUGUUGCUCCUGCUAGAAUGAAUUUUAAGGUUGAGCACAACAGUUUGAAGCUAGAGCCCAUCUUCCACGUCAUGGGUUUCUCUGUGACUGGCAGAGUUCUUAACAGCCCGGAUGGGGAAGGUGUACCUGGCGUUACGGUGUCCCUUAACAAUCAAAUCAAAGUUCUCAGCAGGGAGGAUGGUUCUUUCAGGCUAGAAAACAUGACUGCUGGCACCUACACCAUCCAUACCCACAAAGAACUAAUGUUCUUUGAACCAAUAACAGUGAAAAUAGCCCCCAACACACCCCAGCUUCCUGACAUCAUCACAGCAGGGUUUAGUGUGUGUGGCCAGAUCCUCAUCAGCCACUUGCCGGAGGGUAUGAAGCAGCCGAGCCGUUACAAGGUCACCCUGACUUCUCGGGGCCAAGACAAGAGUUCCAGCCAAACCACCAUCUCUGAUCUCCAGGGGGCCUUCUGCUUUCAGGCCAAACCUGGAGACUACAGUAUCCACGUGUCUCUCCCUGAGGCAGAAGUGAAAGCCGGCAUGGCUGUCCAACCCCAGGCUUUGGAAGUAUCUCUGGUGGACAGGCCACUUAACCACCUACUUUUCACUCAGUUCAUUGCUUCUGUCGCCGGCAAAGUCUUUUGCCUAGCGUCCUGUGAUGACCUAUCGGUCACAUUGCAGCCAGUGAGCCGGCAGGGGGAGAGGAGGACUGUGCCUCUGUCUGGGAGCAGUGAUACCCUCAGCUUCUCUUUUGACAAUGUCCUGCCCGGGAAAUACAAAGUGAGCAUCUCUCAUGAAGAGUGGUGCUGGAAGCAUAAGUCAGUAGAGGUGGAGGUUCUGGACUCUGACAUUCAGGGUGUGGAGUUCAGACAGAUUGGCUACAUCCUGCGCUGCUCUCUCUCCCAUGCCAUCACACUGGAGUUUUUCCAGGAUGGAAGCAAACCUGAGAACGUUAGCGUGUACAACCUUUCUAAAGGAGUCAACCGCUUUUGUCUUUCCAAGCCUGGUGUUUACAAAGUCACUCCUCGCUCCUGCCACCAGUUUGAACAGGAUUUCUACACCUAUGAUACGUCAGCACCCAGUAUCCUAACCCUGACUGCAGUCAGACAUCACAUGACUGGGCUCAUCACCACCGACAAGAUACUGGAUGUCACUGUCACCAUAAAGUCAUCCAUCGAGAGCGAGCCUGCACUUGUGCUUGGUCCUCUCCGGAGCCAGGAGGAACAAAAGCAAGAGCAGCACCUGCAGGAGACUCAUCUACACCAACAGGAAAGGGAGCGUCGCGCCGCGGAGGAGGAAGGAGGCAUCCGGGAAGAUACCCCCCCAAUCAAGGAGAAGGCUGAUGAACUUACUGGCCCCUACCACUAUGAGUUCUCCUAUUGGGCCAGGGCUGGAGAGAAGAUCACGGUGACUCCCUCCUCUAAGGAGCUGCUGUUUUAUCCGCCUGAAGUAGAAGCUACCAUCACUGGAGAGUCCUGUCCAGGCCGUCUGGUGGACAUAACUGGGCGGGCAGGUCUCUUCUUAGAGGGCAGGGUAUCUCCAGAGCUUCAAGGUGUCGCGAUCUCCAUCACUGAAAGGGGAGCUACUGUCCCACUCAUCACUGUGGCCACCAAUGAGAUGGGGGCAUACAGUGUUGGUCCCCUCCACAGUGACCGGCAGUAUAACAUCAGUGCCAGCAAGGACGGUUUUGUUCUCAGCCCUGUCGAGGGCAACCAGGGAGACUUCAAAGCUUUCGCCUUGGCAGGCGUCACUUUCAAGAUCAAGUCAGAGGAUGGCCAGCCUCUUUCAGGCGUCCUCUUGUCUCUGAGUGGUGGACAGUUCCGUUCCAACUUGUUAACUCAGGACACUGGCCUACUCACCUUUAACAACCUGAGUCCUGGUCAGUAUUACUUCAAACCCAUGAUGAAGGAGUACCGUUUUGAGCCUGCCUCUCAGAUGAUCACAGUAGAGGAGGGCCAGAGUCUCAGCAUUGUCAUUACUGGCAUCAAGACAGCAUACAGCUGCUACGGUGCGGUGCAGUCCCUAAGUGGGGAUGCAGAGAGAGAUGUGGCAGUGGAGGCGGUGGGCCAAGGAGAGUGCAGCCUAUACAGCGAGGACACCAUCACCGAUGAGGAGGGCCGCUUCAGACUCAGGGGUCUUCUGCCAGGCUGCAAGUAUGUGAUCCAGUUGCGAGCUGAAGGAAAUGACCACAUAGAACGAGCCUUGCCCCAAUACUGGGCCGUAGAGGUCGGCAGCAGUGACAUCGAGGGAGUCAAUAUAAUUGCCUUCAGGCAGAUCAAUCAGUUUGACCUCAGCGGGAACGUCAUCACCUCGCCUGAACACCUGCCAACAUUAUCGGUGAAACUCUAUAAGAGUGAUAAUCUGGACAAUCCUAUCAACAGUGUGUCCCUGGGACAAUCUCUGUUCUUCCACUUCCCACCUCUGGACAGAGAUGGAGAGGGUUAUGUACUGAUGCUGUACUCCACGUUGCCCCGCACCCAGUAUGACUUCACUCUGCCCCAGGUCUCCUUUACCUCUACUGGCUACCACAAGCACAUCACUCUCACCUUUAACCCCAAUCGUAAAGUGCCUGACCAGGAUGUUGCCCAGGGAUCCUACAUAGCCUUGCCUCUCACAUUACUACUGCUGUUGGCAGCGUACAAUCAUGAGAAGGUGAUUCCUCUGCUGCUGCAGCUGGUUAACCGUAUCCAGGGUGUGCGGAGCAUGGCUCAGGUCAGUGGUGACAGCACUGCUCUGGAUGAAGCUAAACGCCAGGCCAAGAGACAGAAGGCCAGGCGGACAUGAGGACACACACUUCAGGACAUAGGGGUGGUGGGGUCUCAAACCAUACCCUAGUGCACUAGGUGGUUCACUACCAUACUUGACUAGCUCCUCAGAGCACUUGGGUAAAAUGUUGUGUGUAUUUGUUUGCAUCUGUAGAUGCAGGUAACAGCUGUUGCUAGUACUUACUAUGGUAUGAUUUGAAAGUGAGCCCAAAGUGAAGGCUGAAGUGAACUACUCAAUGUUCGGUACCGUUUCCACGUCCGCCCAUCAGCUGGAUGGGUUCAGCACUACCAUGGCUGAACCUUCAACAAGUUUGUCCUUCUGUUUUUGUAAUGUUUUUUUUUCUUUUUCUUUUUUCUAAAACACUGAUAAAAUUGUCAUUUUUUGUCAUAGAAUGUGAGCCAUUUUCUACAUUUUUAGUUUGUCUAAAACAAUUAGGAUGCGUCGGUUUCAUUUUGAAAUUGCUCAAAUGCUUUACAGUCGUUUAAGGACUUUGAUGGUUUUCUGACAAAAGGUCCCUCUAAUCACUAACAGAAUGAAAGAAAUCGAGUGACAGCUCUACUAAUAAAAAGAAGAAAAAAAAUCUGUUUGUUUGGAACUGAGUUUGAAAGUGAAUUGACCCCUGCUUUACAGUACCACCAUAAAUGACACAUGAUUGUUUAUGAUGACUGAAACACAGGUUGACAAGCCAACUUAAAGCUUCAUACUACUGUCAGCUAUGGUACUAGGGGACUCAUGUAAAACACUGUUUUCUCUAGUGGUAUUUUAUGUUUGUAGUGUGAUGCAAGAUGGCGUUGAGUCCGUUUUAUCCCUUUGCUUAAGAAGGUGAUUUGAAAGUUUGUUUGUUUUUUUGGGAGGGGGGGGCAGAUGACAUUUGAAUAUGGGUUUCAUAUACAGAGGUUUUGGUGAAGAAAUGCAGAAAUAUGGUUGGGAGCAUGGGGAAAACUGGUAGUUGAUUAAUUUAUACACUUUCGUCCUGUCAGAUGUGAAUGUUGAAUGAGUUUGUAUGCUAGCAAAUUACUUUUACUCUUCUUUUUGAAUUGUCAGAUUUAGUAUAUUACAAACUAAUUUAAGGGCAAGAUGAGUCAUUUCCAUGGGAGAUUAUGUAUGCCCUGGGCAGUGGGUAUGAUUAUAGAAAGUGUUUUCUAAAUGGUUUGGCAUAACCUUGGGUUAAAGUUUGAAAAUUGAGGCAGAAAGUUAAAUCCAUGAGACCACUGUGUUACUGGGCAGUUUAAUGCUCUGUCUGCAUAUAUUUCUCUUGGUUCGAUUCAUCUGUUCUUAGACGUGGCUGACUUUCAUCAAGAGAUGAAAGGGUCACUGCCUAUUUAUUGAGUUGUAAAAUAUGCCAAUUAGUGUACGGUUGGAAAGACUUGAUUAGUUGGGAUGAGGGUGGGAGCUGAAGCAUCCAGGGGGUGGGAUAUAAUUGUCACUGGUCAGAAUUCGUUAACUUUUUUAAUGACGAAUAAAAAUCUGACUGGAAGGAAAAUGCGUCUGUGUCGUGACUUCACCUGUAGGGGGCAGUGUAAUGCUAGACGUAGACGAGCCUUGGAUCGUUGCAGUCAACGAUUCUUGAGAAGUUUCCUAUUCAGUUGGCAAAUAUUUCUAGUUACACCGUCCUGAAAGUUAAUAAGUGCCUAUAUUAUGCAAUUAACUUUGGUUUGUACUUUAGUUUGUUCAUUUUAGGGACCUGCCAGUAUUUCCUCCUCCUGUGCAGUUUCCCAUUUAAGGGACGAGGCGAACCUAUUCUGACCAGGGCCUUUUGUGACCGUUUCAUCUUUCACCCAACGGCUCAUAACUCGUUGGGAUCCUUAAAUAAAAUCACCUCUCUUGCCAUGUAGGAAACGAUGACUUAUCCGCGAUAUGGAGUUUUUCGGGAGGGGAGAGAGUACAGCAAAUAACUGUGCCUCCCCUCAAACCUGGAUCUCUUCCCUCUGAUUAGGAAAACUCUUUGAUCCUCUCACGAUCACAAUUAGGUCUUAUCAGCGCUGCCAGUUUGGGAUUUGAAAAAAAAAAAGUCAACGGUCUUCCGCCAUCCUUGCCUCUUUACCCGCCCCUGUUGAUUUAUCCUCCCAUACAGACAAAUCUGAGGCCAUGCUAUCUUAGGUAGUGGGGAUUGGGUGUACUACCUCCUCCAAGGUUAACGCCUCGUCUUGCCCUCCAGUGAAAAUUAAGUCUGGUGCGAGAUCUUUUGAGUGUAUACAGUGUGUUGGCGGAGCUUCUUUUAUUGUACGGGGCUAAUGGACUGCCACUUUGGCUCAAAUUACAGCCAAUUAGGCAGUGUGAGCCACGUAGUGUGGCAACCUGGGCAGUGGGCGUAAAUGUACGUUUCAACAAUUAGAUUGGCUCACCUUUUCUUUUUUCUUCUUUUUUUAUAUGUAUUCCAAACCCCAUUGCAGCCAAAUUGUAUGUCAAUGAGUCAUGUAUUUUCUUUGGGUUUUGAACCUAAUUACGGUUGUUAAAGAAACCAUGUAGGGAGUGCAAACUAUUUUUUCUGCCGCAACCACUUCUCUCACCAUGAUUAUGAUGGUGCCCGAAGCUGACAUGCUAUGUAAUAAAAAGUAAGAUAUACCUUACUGUUAUCACAGUUUCAUAAACUGCUACUUUGGUGUCUCACACAUUCCAUCUAUAUAA